UACGGUGUAAGAGAAGCGAAGCGAAUACUAUUACUAUUCUGUUGACGAUGAAUGAGCGAGGUACGUACCUUGUUGGAAAGGUACCUCUGUACAUGUAUCGUGGUCGUCGUUGAGAGACACUUUAACACUGGGAGUAUAUAAAGCUUCCAUCGCCAGUCCCAUGGCUCCUUUGAAAGUUUGAGAGAUAAGUCACUUGUCCUCUUUAGUUAUUUGUUUUCAAAAAUCGCCUUUGAAUUGCUUCUCCAACCUAAAGAAGCCUUCUUCCUCCCCCUUCUUCCUUCCUCCUAUCUUGUCUAUUUAAAGAUCCCAUCUCAGCACCCUAGCUUGCUUGAUCUUUUGAGACCUUACCUCACCUCACCAUAUCAACGUAUCAAGAGAGCUUUUGUUAUCUCUUGUCCAGACCGUCUUCAGUUUCUAUUUACGACAGGGCUGACGGAUGGCUGCGUUGAAACUAUAACCAACCCUCCCUCUUGAUUGAGAAACACCAAAACACCACGCUCCACGUUAUUCAAUUCUUUGAAUAACUUCUUCUCGUCACCUUUUCUCCCUCUGUCUGAACGCCCCGCUACCAAGCUCGGCAUUCCCGACUCAGAACUAUUUUCAGUGACGAAUUGAUCGUCACGAACCAAAACCUCAAGCCGUCUUUUCCUGAAUACUCAGAACCUACAUCCAUCAUGACUGCUAUCUCCGCCAACCCCGUGGCCAACGUCAAGGCCACCGAGGCCAGCCGUGGUCCUUCUCCUCAGCCCACUCACUUCUCCGUUCCUUUGCAAAAUGGAAACGGCGGCAACGGUCAUCGCAUUCUGCGAUCUGCUACCGUUGGCUACAUUGCCCCUGAGUUCACUGGCAAGUCAGAACAGAAGAAGACUGUCAAGUCUUUGAUCUGGGCUGCUGGCUACGUCCCUGAACCCCAAAUUGAUGAGCAGAUUGAGUGGUUCUACGAGAACCUUGGCAUUGAUGAUGUCUACUUCGAGCUUGAGUCCCCCGAUGUCAUCUCCAGCCACAUCACCUCCCUCUACGCCGCCAAGGUUGCUUCCUUCGCUCGCGAGGACAAGCAGGAGGAGAUCCGACUGGACAUGGAGGCUAACGACCAUGCCAUCUACAUCGACACCAGUGUUGCUGGCCGAACCAACAUUGCUGGCCCUCGCUACGAGGAGCGCCUUGAGGCCAAGUACAUCGACCACCCCGGCUCAAGCAAGUACCGUGUUGAGACUUUCCGAUCUCCCGCUCUCCUGAGCCCCCAGUCCAAGGCCACUCUCCGAUGCUAUUUCGUCUACCAGUGCCGAUUUGCUACUCCUCCUGAGGAGACCGACCCCAAGGAGACCAACCUCGAGCUCAUCGCCGACCACGGCUUCCUCCAGAAGGCCACCGUCAACACCAAGCAGAUCUACCAGGACAUCAUUGAGCUCGCUGUUAACCGAGCUGGUCCCGUCAUCGAGGUCUUCGACAUCGAGGGCACCGACGAGAAGCGAAUGGUUCUUGCUUUCCGUUCCCGCACAGCCCAGGGUCUCUUCUCUGCCCUCAGUGACCUUUACCACUACUACGGUGUCACCUCCACCCGAAAGUACCUCGAGCAGUUCUCCAACGGUAUCACCGUCAUGAGUGUUUACCUUCGACCUGCCUCCGAGACCACCGAGAACGCCGACCAGUUCUCUUGGGACGAGUCCAUUGACCAGAUCUCCAAGGAGGUCUCCCUUCUCUACUGUCUCCCCCACAACAAGUUCCACAACCUCUUCCUCGACGGACAGCUCAGCCUCCAGGAGUCCGUCUACGCCCACUCCGCUUGGGUCUUCGUCCAGCACUUCCUCAACCGAUUGGGUCCUGAGUACGCCUCUCUCGCCGAGCUGUUGGAUAUUAAGAACAACGCUCAGCAGGCUCUUCUCUCUAACCUGAAGCGCCGUCUCCGUUCCGAGACUUUCACCCCUGACUACAUCUACGAGAUUAUUCAGAACUACCCCGGUCUCGUUCGCGCCCUCUACGCUUCCUUCGCCAACGUCCACCUUGUGAAGGACCAGGAGGACCCCGUCAAGGUUGUUUCCUCCAGCCUUUCCGUUGAGGUUCUCUCCGACGAUGCUCUCAAGGACAAGAUCUCCAAGAACGUUAACAACGAGCACGACGAGAUGGUCCUUACUGCUUUCCGAGUCUUCAACAACGCCGUCCUCAAGACCAACUACUUCACACCCACAAAGGUUGCCCUGAGCUUCCGUCUCGACCCCUCUUUCCUCCCCGACGUCGAGUACCCCAAGCCCCUCUACGGCAUGUUCCUCGUCAUCAGCUCCGAGUCUCGAGGUUUCCACCUCCGAUUCAAGGACAUCUCUCGAGGUGGUAUCCGAAUCGUCAAGUCUCGCAACAAGGAGGCUUACGGCAUCAACGCCCGAUCUCUCUUCGAUGAGAACUACGGUCUUGCCAGCACUCAGCAGCGCAAGAACAAGGAUAUCCCUGAGGGUGGUUCCAAGGGUGUUAUCCUCCUGGACCCCAAGCAGCAGAACCGUGCUCGCGAGGCUUUCGAGAAGUACAUCGAUAGUAUCCUUGAUCUUCUCCUGCCCGCCGAGACCCCCGGUAUCAAGAACCCCAUUGUCGACCUUUACGGCAAGGAGGAGAUCCUCUUCCUGGGUCCUGAUGAGAACACUGCUGAGCUCGUCGACUGGGCUACUGAGCACGCUCGCUCUCGUGGCGCUCCCUGGUGGAAGUCGUUCUUUACCGGCAAGUCUCCCAAGCUUGGUGGUAUUCCCCACGACACUUACGGCAUGACUACUCUGUCCGUCCGUGAGUACGUCAAGGGUAUCUACCGAAAGCUCGAGCUUGACCCCUCCACCAUCCGCAAGAUGCAGACCGGUGGUCCCGACGGUGACUUGGGAAGCAACGAGAUCAAGCUCGGUAACGAGAAGUACACCGCCAUUGUCGAUGGCUCUGGUGUCCUUGUCGACCCCAAGGGUCUCGACCGUGAGGAGCUCCUUCGUCUUGCCCACGGCCGAAAGAUGAUCAUCGAGUACGAUGUCUCCAAGCUGUCUGCUGAGGGUUACCGAGUUCUCUGUGAGGAUGUCAACCUCACCCUCCCCAGCGGCGAGGUUGUCAACAACGGUACUUCAUUCCGUAACACCUUCCACCUCCGUGACACCGGCGCCGUCGACGUCUUCGUCCCUUGUGGUGGUCGCCCUGCCUCCAUUGACCUUAUCUCGGUCAACCGCCUCAUCAAGGAUGGCAAGUCCGUCGUCCCCUACCUCGUUGAGGGUGCCAACCUCUUCAUCACCCAGGAGGCCAAGCUCCGCCUCGAGGCCGCUGGCUGCAUUCUGUACAAGGAUGCCUCUGCCAACAAGGGUGGUGUGACUUCCUCCUCCCUUGAGGUCCUUGCCUCUCUGUCUUUCGACGACGAGGGCUUCGUCCAGAACAUGUGCCACGACGCCAACGGCCAGGCUCCUCAGUUCUACCAGGACUACGUCAAGCAGGUGCAGCUCAAGAUUCAGGAGAACGCCCGUCUCGAGUUCGAGGCCAUCUGGCGCGAGCAUGAGCAGACCGGAACUCCUCGAUCUAUCCUCUCCGACAAGCUAUCCGUCGCCAUCACCGACCUCGACGAGAAGCUCCAGCACUCCGACCUCUGGGACAACGAGAAGAUCCGCCGAUCUAUCCUUGAGGAUGCCCUUCCCCGUCUUCUCCUCGAGAAGAUUGGCCUCGACACUCUCAUCGCUCGCAUCCCCGACUCCUACCUCCGAAGUAUCUUCGGUUCUUACCUUGCCAGCCGUUUCGUCUACGAGUUCGGCAGCAGCCCCAGCCAGUUCGCUUUCUUUGACUUCAUGUCCAAGCGCAUGGCUCAGAUUGAGAAGUAAAGAAAGUCGACUGCGGAUGACAAAAUGGUGUUGGAGCGUGUGAUUUGAUUGUUUUUACAAGCAUAUAGCAUUGUUAUUUCCCCCCUCUGAUGAGAGACGAGCAUUGUUACGGUGUGUUGGCAAUAUUUGAGAUGGGAUGGUCCUGGCAUGGACCUAGUAAAUGGGCCAAGGAUGGCAAGGUUAAAGAAAAGUCAGAAAAGACUAUGUCCAUGUAGUCGAUAGUAAUUUGAAUAUUUUGAUGUUA